GGGGCGGGGCUGGCGUCUCUUUGCUGCCGUCACUUCCGUUUCUCUGUCAGUAGCGAGCGAGCGAGCUGGAGGCAGUUCGGCUACAGGAGCGGAGCAAUGCCGAAGUCAAAGGAACUUGUUUCUUCAAGCUCUUCUGGCAGUGAUUCUGACAGUGAAGUUGACAAAAAGUUAAAGAGGAAAAAGCAAGUUGCUCCAGAAAAACCUGUAAAGAAGCAAAAGACUGGUGAAACUUCAAGAGCCCUGUCAUCUUCUAAGCAGAGCAGCAGCAGCAGAGAUGACAACAUGUUUCAGAUUGGGAAAAUGAGGUAUGUCAGUGUUCGGGACUUUAAAGGGAAAGUCUUAAUUGAUAUUAGAGAAUACUGGAUGGAUCCGGAAGGUGAAAUGAAACCAGGAAGGAAAGGUAUUUCUUUAAAUCCUGAGCAGUGGAGCCAGCUGAAGGAACAGAUUUCUGACAUUGAUGAUGCAGUAAGAAAACUGUAAAAUCAGCCAUGUAAAACCUGUACUGUUCUAGUUGUUUUAAUCUGUCUUUUUACCUUGGCUUUUGUUUUCUAAACAUUGUUUUCCAAGCUAUUGUAUAUUUGGAUUGCAGAACAAUUUGUAAGAUGAAUACUUUUUUUUAAAUGCACAUUAUUAAAAAUGUUCUGAGUGAAGCUAAUUGUCAGUUUUAUUAAGGAGGAUUGCUUUUGUGUCCACCACCUAGUGUAAAAUAAAAUCAAGUAAUACAAUCUUAACUGUUGUGGCCUUCUUUGAUCAGAAAAGUUGGUACUAUUUAAGGCCAAAAGUAACAGUUUCUCGACCUUUUAGUUUCAACUCAGCUUUUACGUUCAAAAGGAUUAGCAUCGCAUUGAAUUUAGAAAAUUUUGGUUUGUGAAAUUCAUGGUUGAUCUGUUUCGUUCUAGUCAAAUAUCUGGACUUGUUUGAUUUUUUUCUUUUCCCCCCACCCCAAUGAUAUUUCACUUUCUCCUUUUUUUCUUCACUUCAUUUUCCUUUUAAUAACUUGUUAUGUUCAGUUUUCAUUUUGCUUUUUCUUGAGUAUAUUAUGCUAAUUUGGAAAGUCAAACUGUCAAAAUGUUACUUAUCUCAAUAAGGUACUUGUAAGUAAAAUGUUAUAUGAGAACUACAAUCACUAAUUCUACUGUAUUAAAUAUUAGAAGAUAUAGUUUGAUAAACAACAUGGCUUGUAUGAAAACUCUGAGCAAGUAAAUGUAUGUAUGUCAUUACCUGUAGUGUUCUGUGUAGUUGUUAUCUUAUUGCUUAGUCUGCAGAAAAUAAUGACUUAGAUGUCUGAUUUGCUUUCACUUAUUAAACAUAUUCACCAUGGGAUGAUGUCUAUAAAAUCAGAUAUUGUUAAAUUAGACUAGGAUUUAAUAAAAAUUGUGAAAGCUUACUGGCCUAACAUUUUAUUUUAUGACAUUGAGUAUGGAUUAUAUAUAGCCAGAGAUGUCACUGAGCUUAACUGUCAUAGUAGAUAAUGUGGUCAAUUUUUAGGGGAAAGAGCACAAAGAGCACAUACUGGUGUUUUUUAGCCUUUGCUUCAGUAGAUUUGGUUCUUUUGCAGUUCAUUUAUGGGACAAUGACAUUCUAGACUUAAUGUUACUGAGUUUUAGCAGGCACUCUGAAGUGAUUUUCAUUGAACCAUAAUGAUGAAGCAGACAUAGGUUGAGGCACAGAUUUCAGGGGCUUUGUAGCAAUAAAUAGGGCAUGGUGUGCCUUAGGAGAAGAAUGUAAAGAAACUAUAACUGAAAUUUAAAAAGGUGGCAGUGAAGAGGAAGGAAUUCUCUUCACACUAAAUGAUAACACAUGAUAUUUUGAUCACAUUGAUAGGACACAGUUCUAGAUAGAAUAGUAAAAAGAAAGGUUUAAAGACAUGUAAAAAAUUCUUGCUGACGUUUGGUAGCUAAUCUCAAAUGGUUACUACCAUAUCAGAGAGUUGCACUAUUAUACCAAGUUUGAUUACUAUGUCUAAAACAUUUUAUAGUAGACUUGUCAAGGACUUGAUUUCAAAACCAUCUGCCAG